UCUAGACGAGACCAAAUCGUGUUGCACCGGGUGUAACCAGCGAGCUAACGUUAGGCUAGUUAGAUGUAGCUAGCUAGCUUUAGGUUCUUGUCGGUAUACGCAGCUGUAGAAUGAACACAAUACACCACAUUGUCGAGGGACACUAACCAAACUCGCUGGUGUCACUUUAUUUCAUCAACACACUGCUGUUGUCGUCGAUGUCUUCUGUUUAGUUGUCUUUAUCAUUUGCUUUCCCGUGUCAGUCGGUUAGCUAGUUAGCCUCUUCAGCUAGCUAAGUACAGUAGCGUAUGGGUGUCAAAGUUAGCCGUGACUUCAGUGGGUGUCUGGUUGCCUGAUCUCACAUUUCGGACACGUCAAGGUUCCUCAACUCUGUCUUGUUUUUGGGGGCUGUGAUGUCGGAGCCGAAGAGCCCCACUCCCACCCCUGCUGGCGACACAUACAAAGGAUGGGUGUUCAAGUGGACAAAUUACAUCAAAGGUUAUCAGCGGAGGUGGUUUGUCCUGAGCAAUGGGCUGCUGUCCUACUACAGGACCCAAGCCGAGAUGGGACACACGUGUCGAGGCACAAUCAACUUGGCGACGGCAACCAUCACCGUGGAUGAUGCCUGCAACUUUGUCAUAUCCAAUGGCGGGGCGCAGACGUAUCACCUGAAGGCCAGCUGUGAAGUGGAACGUCAGCGCUGGAUCACUGCCCUGGAACUCGCCAAAGCCAAGGCGGCCCGCAUGCAGCCUGAGUCAGAUGACUCCGGGGAUGAUUUUCCCUCGUCAUCCCCGCCGGCUGCACCCGGACAGGGUGGCGGGUCACAGAAUUCCGAAGUGCAGUCUGCUCUCCGAACACUAGGCAGCAAGGUGGAGGAUCUCAGCACUUGCAACGACCUCAUUUCAAAGCAUGGCUCUGCACUCCAGAGGUCUUUAUCAGAACUGGACAGUUUGCGUCUUACUGGAGAAGCUGGGGAAAAGAUCCGUCAGGUGACAGAGAGGGCCACGCUGUUUCGUAUCACCUCUAAUGCCAUGAUUAAUGCAUGCCAAGACUUCCUUGCGUUGGCUCAGGCUCACAGCAAGCGAUGGCAGAAGGCGCUUCAGGCAGAACGGGACCAGCGGGUCAGGCUGGAGGAGACUUUAGAGCAACUGGCCAAGCAGCACAACCACCUGGAGCGAGCGUUCAGAGGGGCCUCACAGUCCAAUGCUACUGCAGACAACAAAAGUUCUGCUGGCCCGGGAAAAGGUGAGGCCAGCGAUGAGGACGAGGACCACGAGUUCUUCGAUGCCAUGGAGGAGGCUCCUGAGUUUAUCACUGUACCUGCAGACCCCCACUUUCACAAAAGGUCAAGCAGUAAUAUCAGCGGUUUCAACAGUGAAAUGUGUCCUGACGAUCAAUCGCUCAACGAGGAGCCUCUAGCGAUGAACCAGGAAUCCCCCUCUCAGGAGUUGAUGCCGCUGAAGAAGCGGCGGACACGCAUUUCCGACAAACCCAACUAUUCUCUCAAUCUGUGGAGUAUCAUGAAGAACUGCAUUGGCAAAGAGCUGUCCAAAAUCCCAAUGCCUGUAAACUUCAACGAGCCCAUCUCCAUGCUGCAGCGGCUGUCCGAGGACCUGGAGUACCACGAGCUGCUGGAUAAGGCCUCCAAGUGCCAGAGUUCCCUGGAGCAGAUGUGCUACGUGGCCGCCUUCUCCGUGUCCUCCUACUCCACCACCGUCCACCGCACAGGCAAACCCUUCAACCCCCUGCUGGGAGAGACGUACGAGCUGGACCGCCGGAGAGAUAGCGGCUACCGCUCCCUCUGCGAGCAGGUGAGUCACCACCCCCCUGCGGCAGCGCACCAUGUGAUCUCGGAUCGCGGGUGGACUCUGAGGCAGGAAAUCACCGUCGCCAGCAAGUUCAGGGGGAAAUACCUGUCCAUUAUGCCUUUAGGCACCAUCCACGCCAUCUUUGAGAAGGCCAACAAUCACUACACAUGGAAGAAAGUCACCACCACAGUGCACAACAUCAUCGUGGGAAAACUCUGGAUCGAUCAGUCAGGAGAGAUAGACGUGGUGAACCACACCACCGGAGACCGCUGCCACCUGAAGUUUGCUCCUUACAGCUACUUCUCCAGAGAUGUGGCCAGAAAGGUGACCGGAGUAGUGAUGGACAAGGACAGCAAGGCCCACUACGUGCUGUCGGGCACGUGGGAUGAGAAGAUGGAGUUUUCUCGGGUGAUGCAGAGCAGCCUCGGGGGAGAGAACGGCACCGAGGGCAAACAGAAGACGGUCUAUCAAACCCUGAAAGCCAGAGAGGUUUGGAAGAGGAACCCUCUACCUGAGGGAGCAGAGACCAUGUACUACUUUACCUCCUUGGCGCUGACCCUGAACGAAUACGAGGACGGCAUCGCGCCCACCGACAGCCGGCGCCGGCCCGACCAGCGCCUGAUGGAAGAGGGCCGCUGGGACGAAGCCAACUCCGAGAAGCAGCGGCUGGAGGAGAAGCAGCGCAUUGUCCGGCGGGAGAGAGAGAGGGAAGCUGCCAGCCAACGCACCUCCAGCCAGUCAGAGGAAGCUGUCGAUGAGGACUCUCUAACUGAUCCAUCCUUAAAAAGCGCACCUCACGACAGCCACCUGGCACUUUGGUUCGAUCGCUGUGAAGACCAGAUCACGGGGGAGCAGGUCCACAUCUAUAAGGGAGGCUAUUGGGAAGCCAAGGACCGCGGCAGCUGGGAGGGCUGUCCGGACAUAUAUUGACCUCGUCUUUGACUGAGAAAGUGCCACGAAGAGACUGACCCUUGGAAAGCCGCCUGGUGCACGGCUACUACAAAGCCCCCCCCCCCCCAUCAAUUUGGACGGUUGGCUCCCUCCCGGUGGCUCUCUGUUCUAGGAGAUCUCCAGGCGGUCACUGCUGUCUGAUCCAGAGGAGAAAGCUGGGGUUUUUCCUCUGGCCUCAUCCGGUCUUGCCGUCACGCAUACGACAGGACUGGAAUGAAAUAAUUAGCAUUUGGGGGGGGCGGGGUAGUGAAUGGGCAGUGCUUCCAAAUCAUUAGUAGAUUCUUUUUUUUAGUCUCUCUGCUCAAGUGUCUCUCAGAUCAGGAGCAGAAGAGGGUUUUGUGCUGAUAACACCCUGUGAGAUAAUGCAGUGUUCCCAAUCACAAGCAUUGUGUGCUUUGGUAAUAACUCUAAAAACAAAGGGUAAGACCUGGUUAAUAUAUACAUUUAUAUAUGAUUCAAAUAAUUUCAUUAUAAUGUCAACUGGUGGCCUUCAACACAUUAGUGAGGAUUUCUUGUUUCUCUCUCUAAUUUAGUGUCUUAAUGUAACUAAGUGAAGGUUCUUUGUGUGUGUGUGUGUGUGUGUGUGUGUGUGUGUGUGUGUGUGUGUGUGUGUGUGUGUGUGUGUGAGACUGCAUAUCUGCUCUUCCAUCACUUUACUAUUAACACUGCCACUGCGCAGUAUGCUGUUUAAAAGAAGGAAUGAUUGUCCGAAAUACCGGUUGAACCUCCACACUGUCAUGUGUUAUAGUCAGAAGAGAUACUUUCUCAUUCACAAAGGCCUGAGAUUACGACGGUGACCAUUAUGACGGCCAAAACACCCUCUCUCUUCGCCUUAGAUACGAGCGACCUGCUCUCACAUCACACCUGAGUGAAGGUGAUGCUGACAUUUGUAGCUGGUGUCUCAUUCAAACUUUUGAAACGUUGAAGAAGUAGUCGUGGAAAGAGCAUAGCGGAGCUGCCAAAUCGCUUGUUUCAGUGGUGGGAAAAUCUAGUUUCUUUCAAUGAAAUGAUCCAAGUGUGCGGGUGUAAUCAUGUUUUUGGAAUACGUAGUGCGCUUUUUGUGUUUAGAGGAACACAGACUAAUGAGAUAACCAUUAUGGGUGGUUAAAAGAAACCGUCUCCUGAAGUGUUCAUACAUUAUGCAAAGUACAUUUUGACACCAAAAACAUGGGGUAUAAUGUGAGCGUGCGUGUGUGACUUUAAUAAUUUUGUUUGUAAGUGUACUUAAAAAUGAAGAAUAAAGAAACAAAGAAUUUAAAAGCAUUACAAAUAUCUAUGAUUUUAUAAGUGUAUAGGAAUUCAUAUCGUAUUGAUAACUGUGAGGUAGGUUUUUUUUCGGCUCCUCAUAAUAUUGUAAGAGGACUGUCUUCAUUUUCAGAAAAAAAGGGACUUUCCAGACCUGACUGAGGGAAGACGUGACAUUGCUCAGUAUUUUGUGUUAACAAAGAAAAAGAAUAAAGAAAUGCUGCGAUGUCUAAAAAAAAAAGAAGCUUUUAAUACUGUUCUCUAAUACCAUUUGUUACAUUUCCAUUAACUAAGUAACAUAAAAUAACACUUGCCAAAUCAAUUUGGGAAUUUCUGCCCUCAUGUUUAGUAGGUACUCCAGAUGGGAUGACAUAAUGUGUCAUUAAAACAAUAAAAACCCAAAUGAAAACA